AUGGAGAAACCAAUAGAUAAUAGUAAGGAUGAAGAAGUGGUGGGAUAUAAAGAGCAACAGGUAAAGCCAUCAGUUGUAACUGAUGAACCUUCAACAACAACGAAAACAAGAUAUUUAAUUAUCUUCAUUAUGAUUAUUUUCAUUAUAACAUUAGGAUAUCCAUUAUAUAUUAUAACUACUAAUAUAUACAGAGCUGAUAUUCCGUCUAUUCAGGAAAUUGACAACAUCAAUGAAUUGGUUAAGUUUAAUAUACCCUUAUAUGUUAAUGGUAAUCAGCAAGUGGAUCAAUCUAUUCUUAAUCAACAAUUGAAUCAAAGAUAUCCUAAUCUUAACAACAAUUGGGUAAUAGAAUUAACUAAUGAACCUGUGACUGAUGGUUAUACUAUUAAUUUACACGUAUCAAGCGAUGAUAAUAAUCGUUAUGAUGUGUUGAAUAGAAUUGUUGAUGUAUAUACAAAAAAGGAUGAAGAUGUCAAUGAUUAUAUUGGGAAAGUACUUUAUGAUUCAUUAUUUCAAUAUGAAUUAAAUAAGAUCAAUUCAAUUAUUAAAGGAGAUACAAGCUAUGAAGAUAGUGGAGUUGCUUUCCCAUAUAAUCCUAAAUUCAAUAUUGUUAUUUCAUUAUUGGUUGAAAAUGGUAUUUCAAUCAAUUGGGAAAUAGACCAAUUAUUAAUACAAUAUCAAUCAAUAUUAAAUGGCUUAUUCAAUCAUUAUUCCAAUUUCACAAUCACAUCACAAGUUCAAUAUUAUUCAAAAUUAUCAAAAGAUUAUCAAUUAACCAAUUAUACAAUUCAACAAGAUGAUUUAUCAACAUUUAUUAAUUUUAAUGAUUGGAAUUUAGAUAAUGUUAAUAUUAAUCCAACUAUUAAUUUCUUGAUCUAUUUCCCAAGUUCCAAUUAUCAAGGUAUACCUUUAUUGAUUGAAAAUUCAACUACUAAUUCAUUCCUUGUACCUCAAUGGGGUGGCGUAACUAUUUUGAAUUGCUUCGAUAAACCAGUAAUAAUCACUAAGGAUAAACCAAUUACAAUUACUCAAGAUCAUUUAACAACAACAAUNCUUUAUUGA